UCGACGUCGAUCAAGACGACAAGAGUACGAGUACUGAGUGUCGUUCAAAUCGCUGACUGAGUGUUGUCUCAUCAAAUGGAGAGUUGCCUUUGUUCUGUAUUGCAGAUCAGGUUCUUGAGGGUUUUAUGAGGCUGUUGGUGCAGAUUUUUCCCUCCUUCUACGUCUGGACAAGAUAAGAAACGAACAAAUUGAUGACACCUUUUGCAUUGUGCCACUGUUUGGAGAAAAGCGACAUUUGUAGUAAAGUUGUACUGUAGGAUAAUUUGAGCACGAUGUGGGGCUGGCUGGGCAGUCUUAGCCAGCAAUCGGCAAACGCAUCCUUUCCAUACAAGAUUGGUGAGGAGAGAACCAGCUUGAGCGAGAAAUCCAUCUGGAAACUACAUGGCGGACAAAAACAGGCUGAUGGCACAGAGGUUUCAAUUUUCAUCUUCGACAAGACGGGUGCCACUGAAGAUCAGGUCAAGCUGGCUAGAGCAUCAUUCUUCCGUUUGAAAACUCUACGCCAUCCAUGCAUCCUGCGAUAUAUUGACGGUGUUGAGCUCGACACCAAGAUCUGUGUAGCUACAGAGGCAGUGGUACCGCUGGUCGAUUAUCUAGAGGAGCAGAAGGCAACUCUCAGCAGUAACAAGCUCUGCUCUAUGAUCUCCUGGGGCAUACACCAGAUUGCUGUAAGGCACAGAUAUGCGUAAAGUUUCUCUCUGUUUCUCUCCUCUGUCUCUCUCUCUCUCUGUCUCUCUCUCUCUGUCUGUUUCUCUCUCUCUGUCUCUCUCUCUCUGUCUGUCUCUCUCUGUCUCUGUCUGUCUCUCUCUCUCUCUCUCUCUCUCUCUCUCUCUCUCUCUCUCUCUCUCUCUCUCUCUCUCUCUCUCUCUCUCUCUCUCUGUCUCUCUCUCUGUCUCUGUCUCUGUCUCUCUCUCUCUCUCUCUCUCUCUCUCUCUCUCUCUCUCUCUCUCUCUCUCUCUCUCUCUCUCUCUCUCUCUCUCUCUUUGUCUCUCACGACUUACCUGUCUUUAUAAAUGUAACUUACUCCAGUUCCAAAAAAUUACGCCUCGGCGUUUUCACAGGCUUUUGAGAUUAGCUCUCUCCUGAGUCUUUUAAAUUGCUUCAAGUUCAAAUAGGAAAAAUGCCACCCAUGGGCUCCGAAAGGGGGAGGAGGAUGAAGCCCUAGACACUACGCACGCACCACACGAACACUCUGUGUCCCUGGACGAUUCUGCUGCGCCAUAUGACGAUCCGUUGGGUUUGACCUCAAGCCAGCGGAAGCACUCCAGUACACGGCAUGACACAGGUGAACAUCAUACAUGUCCGAAAUGUCACACCACCAUCAAACAAGAACAUAACCUUGCACGACAUAUGCGGACUAACAAAUGCAAAACAUUGGCUGCAUCGCAGGCUGGAGCUGUGUCAGCAGUCUCUGCAUCACCACCACACGAGACUCCAAUGACUUUAGAGGCAAGUACACCAACCAUCACACCAUCAGACCGGGAAACAACAUGUCCACACUGUUUGAGAAAACUCAAAUGGAAACAAAACUUGCCACGACAUCUACAGACCUGCCCGGUCUACAAAUCACUUUCAACCACCUCAGCCAAAGCAGACGGCAGUAGCGGGGAUGGUCGGACGACUUCCAUGAUUGAUUCAAUGCACUUCAGCCCAUCUGUAGGUCAGACAAUGACUCCUGGAGAUGAAUUGCGAACAAUCCCGCACGAAUCCACUCCCUGUCAUAAUGAGUCUUUACUUCAUGUCCUGAAUCAACGGGACAUGGACAAGGUAGAAGUCCGGCAGUCCCUACUGCUACCGUCAGCCAAAAACACCAAGGCAUGGCACACAAUAAACGCUCAGUUGAAGAUCCAUCUCACUCAACAUUUCCCAACCUCAUACCUCAAAAACACUAACAUCGAAGAGACUCUGGACAAACUAGAGAACUUCAUUCACUGGUUUUUCGACCAGAAACCACCACCACCUCCACCAAAACACAAGAAUGCAAAUAAAAACCGUGCAGUGGAAAAACUCCGGGCUCACAGGCGUGAUUUAAAGCGCCAAUUUCGUAAGAUCAAAAACCCGGACGAAGUACCUGCAGCGCUCAGAAAUGAGUAUUUUUCAAUUGGAAAACAAAUCAAGCGUCUUUUGAAACAACAAAAGAUGUACGACGAUCGAUCCCGGAACAAGAGGGACCAGGAUGCCUUUCUCAAGGACCCAUAUGCCUUCGGAAAGAAAUUGUUUCAACCAACCAACCAUGUCAAACCCACUUUCUCUGACACUACCUGCUUUGAGUACUUCCAACACACAUAUGCAGACCAGGAUCGUGCCACUUCGUACGAAUCCUGCCCCAGUGCAGGGAAGCCCCGGGAUUGCACCCACCCAGUCGAUGAGGGGACCCCUACAUGGACUGAAUUUCAGAAUGUUUUGAAGAAGUGUCGCAACACCUCUGCACCGGGUCCUGACAAGAUACCUUACAUAGUUUGGAAGCUUUGUCCCUCCCUUCAAUCCAUUCUUUUCACCAUCUUUGGGCGGGUUUGGGAGAGCAAGAUCAUUCCAAGGCAGUGGCAGGUAGCGUGUAUCACACUCCUGGCCAAGGGGGAGGUGUCUGAUGAUCCUUCGAAAUUCCGACCGAUUGCUCUAGCGAACACGUCCGGGAAGAUCUUUUUCACCUUAGUUGCAAAGCGCCUCUUGAAACAUAUGCUAGGCAAUAAGUUCUUCGAUGGUGACAACCAGAAAGGAUUUAUGCCUGCAAAGGCUGGGUGCUUAGAGCAUACAUCACUUUGUUAUGAGGCGAUGCGUGAUGCAAAGACGGCAAAACGCCAAAUUUGCAUUGCGUGGAUAGAUUUGAAGAAUGCAUUUGGUUCAGUGCGCCACAAUCUGAUACAGUAUGCUCUAACCCACUACAGCCUUCCUUUGCAAUUCAGGAAAUUAAUUUUUUCCUACUACGACAGUCUUUGCGCUUUCGUCGUACAACCACACACACCCACCUUUAAUUACAACAUUGGUGUUUUCCAGGGGUGCCCCUUGUCCCCGGUCCUUUUCAAUAUUUGUUUCCAGCUUCUGCUGGACUCACUUGCAGCCCCUGAAUUAAGUUGCCUCUCCUAUGAUUUUAAAUCUGCCCCUUUGCAAGUGUCCCAAACAGCUUUUGCUGAUGACUUAGGCCUCUAUAGCAAAUCUAGUGCAGGUUGUCAAAAACUCAUUGCGGUCACUUGGUCACGGAGGACUUUCUCUCGUGGACCCAAUGUAUGCAGGCGGCGCCGCACAAAUGCAAAAGCAGUGCAGCAAAGCUUGUAGAUGGCCGGUACAAACCUUACGAUCCCUGCCUGACAAUGUCAGGGAGGAAGAUCGCUUUCAUUGACACUGCAGAGUUCAAGUUCCUGGGGCGAAGGCUGCAUGCUGAUUGCUCUGAGCAGACCCAGCGGGAAGACAUCCGUCAACUCACUGUAUCUCUCAUGCAAAAAGUAGAUGGCUCUUGGCUUCAAGACCACCACAAGCUAUGGCUUUACCACCAUCUUGUAGUGCCCAAGCUUUCUUGGUCUUUCCAGGUUCUUGAACUCACACAAGGUUUUGUACGUGAACUGCACUUUAUGUGUUUACCAUUUCUGAAGAAAUGGUCAGGCCUACCUCGAUGCGCAAACUCUGCCAUUCUUUUUAUUGGCAGUCGCAAACGCUUUGGCUUACGCCUCCACUACCUUCCUACGGUGUGGAAAAAGUGCCAGUCCAUCAAAUGGCACAUUCUUCGAUCGAGUGGGGACGCGCGCAUGAGGGCGCUGUACACUCUGCGUCGGAGUAAGGAUGCGAAGCUGACAAAGCGAUAUGCGGCGACAAUAGAGCUGGAGUGUGCAGAGGCAUCAGUAGGUUCAGGGACUCUCCGUCCACCGUCAUCUUCAAGUCAUCGUGCAGGGUUGGGUGCUCCUGCUCCGAAGCAGCAUUCCAAACCCCCGAGGAAGGAUCUCCUUCAAACAUUUGAGGAGAUCAACGCGCAGGAGCAGAUUUUGAGGCUGAAGACUCUUCAGGUGCAAGGCAAGUGGUUGGAGUGGACAUCGGUGAUGUGGCAGGACCUCUCGUGGAAAUCCCUUUUGUACGGUGGUACUGGUAAGGAUUUGAAAUUUCUUCUCGCAUCAACCCUCGACGU